GUAUAGUGCUUACUGACUUCAUCUCGCGACUAAGCACAGUUAUAUUGUGUGACAAUUGACAAAGCCCAGCGUGAGUCAUAUUUAUGCAGUCGUUUACGUUUGUGUUGGCUCACGUGCACACCAAAGCGACCUGUUGCUCGCCCGCGUGGCGCCAGUCUGUCCACUCGUCAUUCUGUGACCGUCACAUCCCCACCGCCGUCCUAUUCUCCCCGGCGCCGGUACCGUCAGAGCCAAGCCGAGCCGCCACGCGCCGCGGCGCGGCCACGAGGGGAGAGAGGCGCCACAAAGAGUGACAGACACCGGGCCGCCCACGGGGGCUGUCAGCCGUCCGCUCUGAAUCACCUGUCCAACUGACAGCUCCCUGGUGACGGCGGCGGCGCCGGCGGGCUCCAGUCGUCACCCGGAGCCGCGGCCGUCACCACCGGAGUCCGUUCGACACUCUGCCGGCACUCCGUCCGACACUCCGUCCGACACUCUGCGAACACACGGUCCGACAUCGCUCCUGCUGGGCACUCCGUCCCGUUCAGACGAGUUCCGUACGGGCCUCAUCGGCUCGUAGCGCCGCCAACGCACCGCCCGUGGCGCCCCCUGCGUACCUGCGUUCCGACCGCCCGUCCAACCCAGCUCACCUGCAUCGUAACACCUGAGCCCCAUCACCCAACUCCUCGAUCCUAACUCGCUCACAUCUCAUACCUCUCACCUAGCUCUCGGAAAUCAAAGCAGCCGUGUGUCCGCCCGGCUCGCGGUGUCGUGAUCGGAAUUGGUGGCCUCAGUGUCCGGCGCCGCGCGCGCCCAGCUGCAACCAUUGAGCAGUUCGCGUGUCAAGACGGCCUGAUGACUGCCGGGCCUCUGAGCGCCUUCGCCCGACCGUCUGUUCAGUCUUCUGCCACGUCCCACUGGUCUUCGAGCACCAGUAGUCCGGCGCAAAGCAUGCUCCUUCUCCAGCCACAGGGGCACAACCAGCAGGGUUUCUCGGCUGUCCCGGACACGUACUCGUACGAGAGCGGCUGCUACUCGGCCGGCGGACAGCAGGACGAGUUCAAGCCGCUGAUCGAGUGCAGCGCGGCCGCCGAGCCGGCCGAGACGUCCCUGGCCGACAUCCUGCAGACGGAGAUGUUCGCUUCGGCCGUGGACAUGAAGCCGCAGCCGUUCUACAGCUCCCCGGCGGCCAGUCCGCCGGCGGCCGGGCCGGCGCGCGCCAGUCCGCCCGCCGCCGACCCCAUGACACUGCCCAGCUUUGAGGAGACGUACGCGCCGCGGCCACGGCUCGAGCCGUACCCGUACCGCCCCGAGAAGCCCACACCCGAGUACGGCGCGGCGUACGGCGGCUACACGGCCGACUACAGCCAGCUGUACCAGCGCGGCGGAGCGUUCUCGGCGCCGGAGUCGUACGCCGCCCAGCCGCGCUACCCGACCGAGCUGUACUCGCCGUUCUCGGGCCACCCGCCGGCCGUACCGCCGCCGUACCCCGGCCACGCCGCGCCGUACCCGGGCGUGGACGGCGGACACUCGGCGGCCGCGGCAGCGGCGGCCGCGGCAGCAGUUGCCAAGUCGAGACGGUCCAGCCUGCCGCUCAGCCUCAGCCGACAGGACGGGCUGGAUAUGAUGCGUAUGAGGAUCGGCGGCUCCUCGCCGGCCACUCCCAGCGCCACCUCCUCGCCCACGUCAGCCCGCGGCUCCCCGACCGACCAGAAGCCCAAGUCGCCCUCCCUGCUCUGCGCCGUCUGCGGCGACACCGCCGCCUGCCAGCACUACGGUGUGCGCACCUGCGAGGGCUGCAAGGGCUUCUUCAAGCGCACCGUCCAGAAGGGCGCCAAGUACGUGUGCAGCACCGGCAGCCAGAACUGCACGGUGGACAAGAGGCGGCGCAACCGGUGUCAGUUCUGCCGCUUCCAGAAAUGUCUCCAGAACGGGAUGGUGCGUGAGGUGGUGCGCACCGACUCGCUCAAGGGCCGCCGCGGCCGGCUGCCCAGCAAGCCCAAGUCGCCGCAGGAGCCGCCGCCAUCGCCUCCCGUGUCGCUCAUCACGGCGUUGGUGCGCGCUCACGUGGACACGUCUCCGGACGUGGCCAGCCACGACUUCUCUCAGCUGCGCGUGCCGGACGGCUCUCAGUCGCCCACCUCCGAGGCGGACAGCAUCCAGCGCUUCUACAGCCUGGUGACGUCCUCGAUCGACGUGAUCCGCGGCUUCGCCGAGCGCAUCCCCGGCUUCUCGGAGCUGUGCCGAGAGGACAAGGAGCUGCUGUUCCAGUCGGCGUCCCUGGAGCUGUUCGUCUUGCGGCUGGCCUACAGGUACAACCCGCAGGACGACAAGUUUGUGUUCGAGACCGGUCUGGUGCUGCACCGCCUGCAGUGCGAGAGAACCUUCCGCAACUGGCUGCAGCCCAUCGUGGACUUUUCGGCCAGCCUCCGAGCCAUGGAGCUGGACGUGUCGUCCUUCGCCUGCCUGGCCGCCCUCACACUCAUCACUGACCGUCACGGCGUCAGAGAGCCGCAGAAGAUCGAAUCGAUCCAGGGGCGCAUCAUCAACAGCCUGCGCGACCACAUCACCUACGGGAGGGGCGUGAAGCGCUCCUCCACCUACAUGCCGCAGGUGCUGGGCAAGCUGCCCGAGCUGCGGUCGCUCAGCCUGCAGGGCCUGCAGAUCCUGUUCUACCUGAAGCUGCAGGACCUGGUGCCGGCACCUCCCCAGAUCGAGAGUCUGUUCGCGCAGGGUCUGCCGUUCUAAAGGGCAGCCGGCGCACCCCACCGGCCGGUCAAAUAAUCAAAACGGCGAGGCAGUGCCGCCCACUGCCUCUCUCUUUCUCUGGCGCUCUGUCUCUCCUCUAUCUCGCUCUCUUCCUAUCUCUAUCCGGCUGUCCUAUGUGCGCUGGCUGGCGCAGCCGCAGCUGUGAGCGUGUGAGAGUCGCUGUGAGUCGGUGAGAAGUGGAACUGUGGCCGCAGGCCGGCCGGGACGCAAUGCGCAGGACGCGAACUUAUCGCGCGGGAAUUUGUACGUAUCGGCGACUGCCAGACAAGCAGGGAGGGCGGGUAAGAGCGCGAGAGUGGACGUUCAGCCUUGACUAGUGUACCUGUUCGCUGUGAGAGGAGCGCCUAUCGGGACGCCUACGGCUAUCCCGCUGCCUUUCUCUUUACAUGUACAUAUCGGUGUCACGCUUUUUGUGUUACUGGCUCAAUAUGGUUUGAAAUCUCGAUUGGUGUUUGUGUCUGUGUGUAAUCCGUUGCCGCUGGUACGCAAUAAGUUUCGGUUGGCGCUGGGCCGGCUUCAUUGGCGCUGCGCGCGCCCUCGCGGAGCGCGCGGUGCAGUUGUAUGUUCCUCGUUUUCGGUCCGUGCUGCGCGUGCCUGCGCAGUCGUUCUUGGUGUGUCGCCGGUCCGAGGGCCACUCGAGCCUUCCGUGUCCACAUAUCUAGGUGUCAUGGCGGCGGUCGGAGCGAGCGAGCGAGCAGGUGGGUGCCGCUGCUCUGCCGCGCUGCCUUCCUCGCUGCCCGCUUGUCGAGCGUCUCGCCAGUAUACAUCCCGCUGCGCCGGGACCGGCCGCCGGUCCGCCGGCCCGCGCGCCCCCGCGGCCACCUCGGCCCGCUGCUGCCGACCCGACCCGGUCCAGCCCAGCCGCUGCACCACUCAUACGUUGUUGACCCACUACAUAUAUAUUGUUAACAAUAAAUCUCAACACGUUGUA